AUGGUUUUUCUGAUGCAAUCGUCUUCAUCAGUUGAAAAUAUUGGCUCUAAAACAAAAAUUCCUUCAAUUACAAAUGGAUCACCAAUAGAAUCAGCGCGUGAAAUUAGUUCGCAAAUUUUAUCAGACAAAGAAGCUAAUAAUUUGAUGAUUAAAUUAUUGAAUUGUAUUACGAUAGAUUCGAGAAAUCGUAAAGUAGUAAAUGAUGUACUCCAAGAUAUUAAUGUUAUUGAACGGAUGAUUGCACGUUCUAAAGAAAUAUUGCAAAAAGAAUGUACCCUGUUGGAAAUUGCGGUACCUGUUAAUAUAUGUGGUGAUAUCCAUGGACAAUUUGUGGAUCUUUUACGAAUUUUUGAACAAUGUGGCCGUCCACCUUAUGAGAGAUAUCUUUUUAUGGGUGAUUAUAUUGAUCGUGGCCCAAAUAGUUUAGAAGUAAUAUGCUUGCUACUGCUUUUGAAAAUUCUUUUUCCGGCAAAAAUUUUCCUGUUACGAGGCAAUCAUGAAUGCUCACUCAUAAAUCAAGCUUACGGUUUUCGGGAUGAAUUGGAAGAACGAUUCCAAAAUGGUGAUUUAUUAUGGAUCAAAUUUCAGGAUUUAUUCAAUUGGUUACCAUUUGCAGCACGCGUUGGUAAACGUAUACUUUGCAUGCAUGGUGGUUUGUCACCAAAAAUGACAAAUCUUGAUGCAUUGCGACAUUUAAAAAGGCCAGUGGAUCCGAUUGAUGAUAGCAUAGAAGUUGACUUAUUAUGGUCUGAUCCAGAUGCUAAAAUGUCAAACGGGCCAAAUGAUCCAAAUUUUGGGCCAUCAUUAAGAGGCAUUUCGCAUCAUUUCAAUCAAAGCGCAGUAUUAGCAGUAUGUCAACAGUGUAAAUUAGACUUUAUUGUACGUGCUCAUCAAGUUGUGCAAGACGGUUAUGAAUUUUUUGCUGGUCGCCAUAUGAUUACUGUCUUUUCCGCUCCAAAUUACUGUGGCAAAUUCAACAACAGUGGUGCUGUGUUAGCAGUUGAUGAAGAAUUGCGCUGUUCAUUCGUUACAUUAACACCAAGUAAAUAUCGACUGAAAGUACGACCAAGUAAACAAGAUGAAGUGGAUAUUGACGAUGUGAUGAAUGAAGAAGACGACAAAGUGUGA